UUGGCUUCGACACCCUUGUUAUUAGUUAAUCUAUCACUUGAACAAACAAACAAACCCUCCUCUGCCCUCGCGCGAGCGUUUGGAAAUGGCAAACUCUAUGCUCAAAAUCCCAAUUCUAUCAACCCUCAUCAUUUCAACAACUGCUUUCCAAACCUCAAAAACACUCUUCAAUCCUUCACUAAUUCACAGUUAUAACCGCCAUAUCUGCCGCUGUUCUUCAUCAAUUUCUCACCAACCACAAAUCAGAAGCCCUCAACUCGUCGCAUUAGAAUAUGCUGACCUCAGCAUUCCACAUAUCGUCUGCCAAGAGUUAGGUGCUGUUCGGGUGAGGCAACAUGUGAAUCCACUUAGCUCUACUUUAUCGGUUCCCGUUGAAGCACCGGACUGGAAUGAUGUAUUUGAAGACCCAAAGUUGCCUCUAGUGGUGGACAUAGGCUGUGGGAGCGGUAGAUUUCUCAUGUGGCUCGCUAAGAGAAAUCCUGGUUCAAAGAACUAUAUGGGACUUGAAAUACGGAAAAAGCUGGUCACUCGUGCUGAAACAUGGGCGAAGGAGCUAGCUCUCAGUAAUAUAUAUUUUAUGUUUGCUAAUGCAUCUAUAUCCUUCAAGCAACUCAUUUCAACAUAUCCUGGACCUUUGAUGCUGGUUUCAAUAUUGUGUCCAGAUCCUCAUUUCAAGAAGAGGCAUCAUAAAAGAAGGAUCGUGCAGAAGCCUCUAGUGGAGGCAAUUGUGGACAGUCUAAUGCCUGGAGGACAGGUGUUUAUACAGUCUGAUGUGCUCGAAGUUGCUGUUGACAUGCGAAAAUACUUCGAUGCGGAGUCAGAUAAGGUGGUCCAUAUCCAUAAUUUUGACCCCAGUCAUGUGUGUGAUGGUGAAGGAUGGUUAGUGUGUAAUCCAAUGGGGAUCAGAACCGAGAGAGAGAUCCAUGCAGAAUAUGAAGGUGCAACAAUUUACAGAAGAAUGUACCAAAAGCUAUCAUAGUCUUUCCUUGCCAUUCAUGUAUUCAUCACUGCUGUGCUUAGUCUUCAGAUAUUGAACUUCUGAUCUACAAAGCAGCAACAAAACUGACCUCAACUCAGAAAAGAGGUGUCUGAAAGACCCGUGGCACGCCCACAUUGGAAUGGGCCAAUGAGGGUGUUACAGAAUCCGCUAGUAUGCCAAAGACAGAAUCCCUGAUGAUUAAAGUCAGAAAUUUCGAUUAAUAUAGAGUUUCCUUUUAAAGGAUGCAUGAGUUAGUGUUGUAAAGUUUAAUUUGGAUAUUGAACGCUUACCCCAUUUUUGUUUUGCUACAUUUGAGUCGCUUAUCUUAAUAACCAUAUGGUUAUAUUUAACA